AUGAAUCGUCUUAGUAUCGGCGGUUCGAUUCGCCUUCACGAUCUUCUGGAAGCCUCCGAUGAUGAAUACGGAUUCGCACGGAAUGAGAUUGAACGGGCAAUCGAUGUUCGAGAUGCCACCGAAGACGAAAUUAUGCGAUGCAGUCCAUUGAAAACCGUCAAAAAGUUGCCCGACGAUCACAUCAUUCCCGCGGGCGGUGAGGAACGGGUAAAGCCAUCGCCGACGGCUUCUGCUGGCGAUGAGCACGAGCAAAAGGACAAAGUAUCGGUAGGAUCGAACGAGUCCAGUGGAAAGAAGGAAAAGGAAGAGCACAGCAAGAUUGGAGCACUUAUCGAAAAAGCGAAGAAAAAAGGUCACAAGCUUGUGUCGGGACACUCGCGAAAAAAGAACAAUUCCGAUUGUCUUGAUGAAACUGCUACAGUCUCUGUGAACACCUCAACCAGAUCCAUUGAAUCCAUUGACAAGUCUGAAGAGCCACUAGCAAGUCGUGUAAUUUAUAAUCAAAAUGAGGCGACACCUGAAGAACGGCCGUCGAAAUCGCCGAUCAAUAAGAACUAUGUUGAUCCGGCGGAUCCCUCUGAUCCGUUCCUUGUCCAAUCCAUGAUCCAUAAAUUUCGGGUGUUACCGUUCUUCCGCGCUCGUCUUGUGAUAUUCGGAAGUCUGAUUGCGAUCACAAUGGCGUAUCCUUGUUUCUUGACGGGACUAUUCUGGGGAUUUUACACAACUAUUAUUGGAUUUUUGUACUUUUUCGUGUCAGAACCGAAAGUUGUCCAGAAAGAGGAUGAGAAUUGGUUUCUUGAUGAUCCGGAUGACGCUGAUGACGCCGAAUCGCGAUCGAUCGGUGAAAUGAUUGACGAUGAAGCGUUUGGAUUAACAGAAGGUGUUGUGUAUAGGGGAUGGAUGAACGAGUUACGGUCGAGAUAUUCUCCAGCCACCUAUCAUGUCAAUUCAGCGCAAUCGGUUCUUGUACGACUUGAGGGUUCGAUGCUUCGAAUUUGUCGACCGGCAAAAGCUGUCUUGAAGCAUGCAUUCUAUGAUGACCCAACUCUCAAACAAAUGCAGCCAACUAUGGUCUCCCAGGCGAUUUAUGAUUUGAAAGACGCGCAGGUCUCGUUGAGACCCAAACGAUUGGCGAAACGACGAUGGUGGAGUCGCAAAUACCCAAUUCAUAUCAAAUUCUCGCACUCGAGCAGUCAUCUCGUGGAGAUUGAUCGGAGCAAAAUUGGAGCAGCUCGAGGCAUCAGUAGAUCGGCAUCGAUGGCACCUAAUCCAAAUAUGUCGAUUAGUGGGAUUGAAAGUUUGAGCUAUGAUUCUGAAAAUGGCUAUUCGGCGGAAAGCGAAUCGGAUUAUGAUGAAAUUUCAUCUGAGAAGCCGUCAAGAAUCAUGCGAGCGAAUUCAGCAUCGGAUAUCAAUGAAUUCAAAGGGAAACCGGCGGCGAAGAAGCGCGGAAGAAGCAUUUACUUGUUUGUGAGAGCCGCGCGAGAAAAAGAAAGAUGGUUCCAUUUACUACGUGAAGCUUGUGCUCGUGCUCGCAGCUCCACUCAUAUGCAACGAUGCACAUCAUUGGUUGUCAAGUCGAAAUCGUCGGCAUCUCUUCCAGAAGAGCUCAAAGUCGGUCUUCACGACGACGAUCGACCGAGUGUGGCACUCGAUGCCCUAUCAGCCGAUCAACAAUCGGAUGAGGUGAACGAUGCGAUACUCGAUACGCCGAGGCGUCGCAAAUUGCCGAGAGAAUACGAAUUUCUGAAAUAUCGUAGUAAUUACGCUAGUUUUGUUAGAGAAAUCUCCAAAAUACUAUCAGUUCAGCUACCACCGAAGCCGGAACGCAAUAGCACUGUUUCGGUGGAUUUGGGAACGAUGAAAUGGCAACCGGGUCAGAAUUUGAUCUCCACUGAACUCGUCGAUAGUAUCAAUGUGCUCGCGACGAGAAUCUUCUUCGAUUUUUGCCGAGAUGAUUUUUGGAUCAAGCAGGUCAAACAGAAAAUCCAGUGUAAAUUGGCUACAAUUCACUUACCAUAUUUCAUUGAAAAACUUGAGCUGGCUGAGCUUAAAUUUGGCACGAAGGCUCCGAAAUUCACGACAGUGUAUACGCCGAAGGUUGACGAAUGGGGAACUUGGGUGGAUUUUGAGAUGAAAUACAAAGGUGGAAUAAGACUUGUCCUCCAGACGAGUGUCAAUCUGCUGAAACUGCAAAGUGGAUCGCAGCAAGUAGAAACUGAGAAGAAGGUGACAAGAUGGACGGAAUCGGUGAGAGUUGCGCGUUACUCGGACUCUGACCUUCCUGAAAGUCCGGAGAGCAGUCCUGAUGAGGAUUUCGGUUCGAAAAACAAUUCUGAAGGAAAUACGAAGGAGAGAACGGGAAAAAAGUUGCUGUCGAUAGUUGAACGAGCUGCGCAAUCAUCGUUAUUCCAGAAAGCAGCGAAACUUCAAGCGGUGGCGAAGCUUAUUGAAGAUGUUUCAACCACCCCAUUGAUGCUUAACGUGGAAGUUGAAGAAGUCGAAGGACCGAUGACGUGCAACAUUCCACCUCCGCCUAGCGAUCGCUUGUGGUACGCGUUUCGCCGAAAGCCGCACUUCAAAAUCCGCGCGAUUCCGCAAGUCGGUGAUCGCUCGGUGGAUUUGUCGACGGUGUCCGAAUGGAUCGAGACGAAACUUCGGAAUCUGCUAGAAAAGAAUCUCGUGUGCCCCAACAUGGACGAUAUCAUUCUACCGGUGCUCUCCGGCAACCCGCUUCUUCAUAUGGGCUACAACAAGUAA